AUGGGAACUGUGGAGACAAGAUCAAAUACCCUAGUUCCUUCGUCUGCUACUGUUACGCCUGAACCAGCUAAACCUCAAGCCCCAAAAGAGAAAUCCCUCAAAGAUGCUCUUGAGAGUUGUUCAACGCAUAAUCUCGCGGGUCCGAAGUCCAUGGUAGAAGGUUGCGUUGAGGUCAGUAAUGAAGAUUUGAGUGUUGAUUUGGGUCGAGGGGCUGUGGAUACCGAUAUUUCGGGUCAAAUGGGUUCUUCGGAUGUUGAGAAAGGUGGUCUUGCUGAUUCUACGCACGGUGUUCGGUGUGGGUCUGUUGAAAAGUUUGAAGAUGGGGAUAAAGCAAGUAAUUACGUUUCUUUGGAUGAAAAUGGAUGUGAAAAUGGUGAGCUGAGGUCGAUGGAGGUACCCAUUGAGGAUCUUAGUGAAGGCAACGAUGGGGAAGUAGAAGGGCACAAGUUUUUGGUGGGUGAUUUUGUUUGGGGUAAAGUUAGGAGCCAUCCAUGGUGGCCUGGGCAGAUUUAUGAUCCGUCUUAUGCGUCGGAGUUUGCUGCGAAGAAGAAAGUCAAGGAUCGAUAUCUCGUGGCUUACUUUGGUGAUGGAACAUUCGCUUGGUGCCCUCCAUCUCAAUUGAAGCCUUUUGAGGAGAACUUUGAUGAGAUGUCGAAGCAAAGUAAUAUGAAGACUUUCGUCAGUGCUGUACAACAGGCUAUCGAUGAGAUUGGUAGACUUUUGGAGUUGAAGAUGAUUUGCUCUUGUGUACCGAAAGAGAAUAGAACUGGGCUUCGUCCAAUGUUGGCAGAGAAUGCUGGUGUUAAAGAGGGAGUUCUUGUUCCUCACAGUGAAACUAGGAAGCUUUCAGAUGUCUUUGCUGAGCCGCCUGAGCUUCUUGCUGAACUUAAACGUGUUGCUCAUGAUGUUUAUUUGACAAAUGCUCUUGAGCUUAGAGUGUUAAGGAGUCGACUGUUUGCUCUUUAUCGGACUAAAGGGGGUUAUGAUUUGCCUGAAUACCAUGAUCCCAAGCCAGUUUUGGGUCUUGACGAUGGCGUGAAAUCUGUCGAAGCCCCAACCCAAGGGCCAUUUGAGGAGUGGCUUCCCACGCCAAUGAUUGUUGAUACCAUCCAAGCUAAUGAAGCUAUGUUGCAAAUCUCUCUUGUUGUUUCAGAAGGCAAGAAAACUCAUAGAAGGAAGCAGAGAAGUAUGGCUGAUCUAAUUGGCGGUAGCAAAGAAGCUCGGACUAAAACUACGGGAGGGAGGUUGGAUACAGAGGAAAACAGCUCAGAGAAACCAGCAACUCACUUUGGGAUGAAGAAUGGGAAAGACACUAAGGACGAGGAUAAAAUGGCGACAGGCGGAUCUAACUCGGAGAAACCAUUACCAGUCCCUCGUUCAGGGGCAAAGAAGAGGAAAGAUAAAGAGGAAUCUGACAGUCAAGAUGACAGUUUGAUUUCCCUAAAAGGGAAGAGAAGAAAUGCCGGGUUGUUGGGAUCUCUUGUAAGCGCUAGUAGCAACAUUGAUAGCAGUGUUAACAAAGAUAGAGAUUUGGAUAAAGAAAAAACUAAAGGAGGCCCUGUUUCGAAGGGAAGGGCGAAGAAAGAAGGCACCAACAUCAAGCACGAUGAUAGUGAUGCCAAAACUAGAUCUGGGAUUGGUUCGGGUUCCCGAAAUUUGAACUUGGACAUUGGUACUGUAAAAAGUGAUGAUAGUGCGGUCAAGGAACAAUUGGAGAUUGGUUCUUCACCUAGGGAAAGAAAAAAGAGCAAGUACUUGUCCCCUCCCUUCACAAUGUUGGAUAGUAGCAAAAGGAGAAGAGAAAUGGAGGCAGAGUUAUUAAGAUACGCCACCGAGGUGAGUAUGGAAGGGAAAAACAGAGUGGAAGUGAUGCAGAACCAUGUCUCUACAGAGCCUGGUCCUGGUAAUGCAACUGGCAAGUCUCUUGACUCAAGUCCUAUUCCCAAGACACCAACCGAAAAUCCGAACAAGAUUAUGGAUGGAACAAAAGCUAAUGUACCAACAAAUGAAUUACUAGCUGAAGUUCUUUAUGUGGCUGUUAAUCCAUUUACUCCAAGGGGAAAGAAGUCUCAGCAGAUGGUUGGGGACUUUAUAUCUCUGUACAGAAGCUUGGUAUACCGGAAUGGUCCCAACUACAGACUAUACAACAAGCUUCAAUCUCGUAAAAAGAGAAAGAAUUCAGAUUCUGAAUCUGGGUCCCAGAAGGAAGAUCAAAAGCAGACAGCUCGAAAGAUUACUGAACAAGAGUCUGGGCGAAAGAAAGUCAAAAACCAAAAGAUGGGAGUGGACGAGCCUAAAGAGAAGGGGGCGAUUCAAACUCCUGAUGUGAUGUCGGAUAGGCGAAAACCAAUGAAAGGUGCUGGAUCUCCAGAGGCAAAGAAAGUAGAUAACGAGAGUGUGGAAGGAAAGUCUGCUCUUUUCGUUACAUUUGGCCCAGGAUCCUCACUGCCCUCUAAAGCUAGUCUCAUUGAAAUGUAUGGUAAAUACGGGGAGUUGGAUGAAACUGAGACAGAAAUGUUCUACAACAAUUUUUGUGCCCGUGUUUCUUUCAAUAAAAUCUCUAAUGCUGAAUCAGCCUUUAAUGAUUCACAAACUUCUAGCCCUUUUGGCUCUGCUAGUGUUAGUUUCCGGCUUCAGUAUCACUCCGGCGCAUUCAAGACUCGGGAGCUCAGUGAAAUAUCCAGGCGGCAGAGAAAUGCUUCUCCACUUAAGAACAAUGUCACCACCCCAAAGAAGCGGAGGUCACAGCCGAGAGGAAGUUCUGAGGCAGACCUCAAUUUCGUAAAAGAGAAACUUGAGAAGAUCUCUUCAAUGCUGGAAGAUAAAACUUCCAAAGUCUCGCCAAGGACGAAAUCGAAACUACAGGCAGAGAUAAAUGAACUGUUGGAGAAGGUAGGCACAAUGGUUGGAGGAUCGUCAUCUUAAUUAAGUAGAUUUAAUCUUUAAAUACCUGUUUACACAGUUUCUUUUAGUUUUAUUAGCCAGUUGUCUAUGCAUCUCUGCUUUUUGUAUAGGUUGUAGGAAUUCACUUCAUACAGAUGAGUGUCUUGUGGUGGUCUUUUGUAACUAGUUGCUCAAGCUUUAUAAUGUAGAGGUCCAUUUUCACAGACAA